AUGUACGUGGUCGGAAAACACCGGGGCCAGCCACUAAUGGCUGUGGGUGGACGUGGCCCCAACAGCAGAUACCUCUUCUACGUCGUCGACCGCGUGCCCGGAACACGAUUCCUAGUUAACACCGGAGCAGAGGUCAGCGUAAUUUCCGCAGGCAAGCUGUAUCGCCGAUCUCGGGGCGCGUGCUUCACUGUCAAGACUGCUAAUAGUUCAUCAAUCCCCUUUUAUGGCCAAGAGUCCCUGGCCCUCAACAUCGGACUUCGUCGGGAUUUUCGCUGGCUGUUCCUCGUUGCCGACGUCACUCAGGUCAUCCUUGGUGCAGACUUUUUGCGGACGCCUCAUCAACAGCACGACGUCGCUUUCUGUGCGUGCCCUCCACCUCCACGGCUCUCCACCUCGCGUGUUGUCCUCCGCUACGCCAGAGUCCUCGUUCGCGUCCAUCUUGAGGGAUUUUCCAAGGCUCACCAACCGCCGGACGGGACCAAGCCAGUGCACCACGAUGUGGUGCACAAUGUUGUCACCCAUGACCCUCCAGCGCGCUACCGCCCGCAGCGGCUGGGCCCUGGAGAAUUCAACGUCGCAAAAGCCCCAUUUGUGCAUAUGCUUCAGCUGGGAAUCAUCAGACCGUCUUCCAGCACAUGGGCGUGUCCCCUGCGUAUGGUCCCGAAAAGAACUGGUGCCUGGCCGCAUGCGGGGAUUAUCGCGCCCUAA